UGUCGUGACAACCCCCGUUGUGCGUUUUCUCGCGAGAGGUCGCGAAGUUUCCGGUGUUGUGUAUGUUCCUGGAAACAUGGCGGCCAGCUUCCGCGGCCGUCCUAUUCGGAGUCUUCGGAUGCGGGGUCGGAAUGACAGCGGGGAAGAGAAUGUACCGCUGGAUCUGACCAGAGAACCAUCAGAAAACUUCCGUGAAAUACUUCAAAAUGUGGCCAAACCGCACGGGGUCAGUAACAUGCGAAAACUGGGCCAUCUGAACAAUUUCAUAAAGCUACUCUGCAGCAUUGGUCACCGUGAGGAAAACUUUGGGUUUACACAUGAAGAGAUCAUCAUUUGUCUGCGACUAGCUCUACUCAAUGAGGCUAAGGAGGUGCGUGCUGCAGGGUUGCGGGCGCUCCGUUACCUCAUUAGGGACACCAACGUGCUGCAGAAGGUCCUAAGACUACAGGUGGACUAUCUGAUAGCCAGAUGCAUUGACAUCCAGCAGAGCAACGAGGGGGAGAGGACUCAGGCUUUAAGACUGGUCCGAAAGAUUAUCACUGUCAAUGCGAUGCUAUUCCCCACCUCUGUUGCGAACUCUCUGAUUGCUGUGGGCACUGAUGGACUGCAGGAGAGAGACCGCAUGGUCCGUGCAGCCAUCGCCAUCGUGUGUGAGCUAGCCCUGAAGAACCCAGAGGUGGUAGCCAAACGCGGAGGCCUCAGCACUAUUCUGAAGAGUGUGAUUGACUGUCAGCUAAGUCGUAUCAACGAAGCACUGAUCACCACCAUCCUCCAUCUACUCAACCACCCACGUACCCGUCAGUAUGUGCGUGUUGAUGUCGAACUGGAGCAAAUCCUCGCUCCUUUCACAGAUUUUCACUACCGUCACAAUGCAGACACGGCUGAAGGGCAACUCAAGGAGGACAGAGAGGCCCGUUUCUUGUCUAGUAGAAUGGCCAUCGUGGCAGCCUUCCGCUCCUGGUCUGGGAUUAUCAACCUAUGCAAGGCUGGAAACUCUGGAAUCCAAUCUUUAAUUGGCUUGCUUAGCAUACCAAAUAUGGAAGUUAGGAAAGGCUUGUUGGAGGUGUUAUAUGAGAUAUUCAGGCUCCCUGUGCCCAUUGCAACUCAAGACUUCAUGGAAGCCCUUCAGAGUGUUGACCCCACCAGGUUUCAGGACAGCUGGAGACUGUCUGAUGGGUUUGUUGCUGCUGAGGCCAAAGUCAUUCUGCCCCAUCGGGCCCGCUCUAGGCCUGAUCUAAUGGACAACUACUUGGCAUUUGUCCUGUCUGCCUUUAUCACCAGUGGCCUGUUAGAGGGUCUUGUUGAAGUUGUGACAAGUAGUGAGGAUCAGCUUGCUGUCAGAGCCACCAUCCUGUUGGGAGAGCUUCUACACAUGGCAAACACCAUCCUUCCUCAUUCCCACAGUCACCACCUGCACUGCCUCCCCACCCUCAUCAACAUGGCUGCUUCAUUUGACAUCCCCCAGGAGAAACGGCUACGAGCAAGUGCAGCAGUCAACAAUCUGAAGCGUUUUCACGAGAAGAAGAAGAAAGGUUUGAAACCACAUAGUCUGUACCUAGACCACAUCAUCCGCAAGUCUGUGUCGUCACAUAACCGCAGAGAGUCACACUCGCGUGCUCAGAGGGACAUCUAUGUCAUUAAGGACACAGAAGAAGCGCUGAUGAUGAAUCUGAGAGACAGUCUCAUUCUCAACCACAAGCAGAACCUGGAGUGGAACUGGUUGCUCAUCACCACCAUCCUCAAGUGGCCAAAUGUAAAUCUCAGGAACAACAAAGAUGAACAGAUGCACAAGUUUGUGCGAAGGCUGCUGUACUUUUUUAAGCCCAGUAGUAAAUUGUACGCGGGGCUGGCGCUGGAUCACGUAAAGGCCAGACAACUCACUGUGGUUGGAUGUCAGUUUGUUGAGUUCCUCAUGGAUUCGGAUGAGGAUGGCCAGGGAUAUCUGGAGGACCUGGUGAGGGACAUGGUGUCAUGGCUGUCCUCGUCCUCGGGGCUGAAGCCCGAGCGCUGUCUGCAGAGUAACGGCCUGCUCACCACACUUAGCCAACACUACUUCCUCUUCCUGGGGACGCUCUCUGCACACCCCCAGGGGGUCAAACUGCUGGAGAAAUGUGGCUUGUUUCAGUGCCUGCUGAGUCUGUGCUCUGUGAAGAACCAGGAUGCAGUGCUGAAACUUGCUGUAUCCACACUGGACUACAGCAGAGACGGUCUGGCCAGAGUGAUCCUCUCCAAGAUUCUCACUGCUGCUACUGAUACAUGCAGGCUGUAUGCCACCAAACACCUCCGUGUGCUGCUGCGUGCAGGAGUGGAAUUCUUCAGUAGCUGGGGCAUGGAGCUGCUGGUCACACAGCUUCAUGACCACAACAAGGCUGUGUCCAUGGAGGCCCUGGACAUACUGGAUGAGGCCUGCGAGGACAAGGCCAACCUUCAUGCUCUAAUCCAACUGAAACCAGCUCUAUCUCACCUGGCAGACAAAGGCCUUCUGCUGCUCCUCAGGUUCCUCUCUAUUCCUAAAGGCUUCUCCUACCUCAAUGAGAGGGGUUACGUCAGCAAACAGCUGGAUAAAUGGCAGAAGGAAUAUAACCUUAAGUAUGUGGACCUGAUAGAGGAGCAGCUCAACGAAGCACUAACAACCUACCGCAAACCGGUUGAUGGAGACAACUACGUCAGACGCAGCAACCAAAGGUUACAAAGACCAAAUGUCUAUCUUCCUGUGCACUUGUACGGUCAGUUGGUCCAUGAUAAGACAGGCUGUCACCUGUUGGAAGCUCAGAGCGUGGUUCCUGACCUCAGCUACACGGUUCGCUCCCCGAUGCUGGACACCUGGGAGGGCAUUAAACAGCUGAAGGCUGCUCUCUGGGCACUGGGCAACAUUGGCUCUUCAAACUGGGGUCUGAAUCUCCUGCAGGAGGAGAAUGCCAUUCCUGACAUCCUCGCAUUGGCUCAGCACUGUGAAGUGCUGUCAGUACGAGGGACUAGUGUUUAUGUUCUGGGUGUGAUCGCUAAGACCAGGCAGGGUUGUGAAGUGCUGAAGCAGUAUGGUUGGGAUGCAGUGAGACAUAGUCGCAGGACGCUGUGGCCUGUUACUCCUGACGAGGUCGACACGCAGCUGACCUCUGAACUCUCCUCAGUGCCGAGCACGCUCAGUCUGAACUCUGAAUCUACCAGCUCACGCCACAACAGUGAGAGCGAGUCUCAGCCAAACAUGUACAUCCUGGAUGAUGACAAGUGCGACGUUCUGGACCAGUCAGACGAGUCUUUCUAUCUACACCCCAAGCCAGUCAAGGACCGCAGCCCCUUUACAAUCCUGGCCUCCACUCGCUUUGUUCGCACUCGCUUCCUCAACUCUCUGUCCCUCCCCAGCAAGAAGUUGCGCUCCACCAGCGACCCUAAGACUCCAGCAGGCUCUCGCACACCUACUGAUCUCAAUACAGGGAGUAUGAGGCGGAACAGGACAGUGACAGAGCCCUCUGUCUACAGCCCAAACCAGGGGGACGUCUUUGUUGGGACCCGGGGCUGUUCUGAGGAGCAGCUUGUGGACGGGAGGCUGGCCAGGGGAGGAGGCUCAGGCCUUGCACUCAGUGGUCUAGGAGGGCACGUGGCUGUGGAGCACCCCAGCCGGGAGAGGGAGCAGAGCAGCCGAGAGCGUCUGGCAGGAGAUGGUGGCUCCUCUUCUAGUGGAGGCAAUGUGGGAGGGGGAGGGGGAGGCAGUGGAGGUACUCAGUUUAAAAGCCGCAGUCAGAGCUUUAACACAGAUACCACCACCAGCGGAAUCAGCUCCAUGAGCUCCAGCCCUUCCAGGGAGACCGUUGGAAACCCCGCGCAUCCAGAGCCCGAACCAGACUCUUCUGACUGUGUGAGCCUUAACACAGUGGUGUCUGCCAAGACUGUCAAAACACUCUCCUCCCUCACCCCCCAGUCUCAGGCCAACCACAUGUCCACGUCUAAGUCCUCUACUGUCUCUCUAGUACCGCCCGGCUCCUCACACACUCUCCCCCGCCGAGCUCAGUCCCUCAAGUCCCCUUCAGUGACCACUAUCAAAAGCCUGGCUGACUGUAGCUUCAUGUACACCAGCCCAAGAGAUGCACUGGGCUACGCUACGUUGAAAAGGCUGCAGCAGCAGAGAAUACACCCAUCUUUGUCUCACAGUGAAGCACUGGCUUCACCUGCCAAAGACGUGCUGUUCACUGACACCAUCACUAUGAAGACUGGCAGCCUGGACUCCAGACUAACUCCCCGCAGCCUCUCCCCCCGGAUCCUUUCACGCACCUCUCCUCUUGCCCUCCCUAGGUUUCUCAAAGCUCUGAGCUUUGCCUCUCUGGAUAAAGAGGAACUACUCAGUCCCAUCAACCAAAACACCUUGCACCGCUGCUCAUCAGUGCGCUCCAUGGUCUCUAGCGCCACCUUUGGGUGCAGCGAUGACUACAUUGGCCUAGCACUGCCUAUGGACAUAAAUGAUAUGUUCCAUAUCAGAGACUCCGCCUACUUUCAGCAGAGGAUCAGCCCACCUUCCGAAGAGCGGAAACGCUUUCUCUUUGGCGACGGAGAUGGUGAUCGCCCUGCCCUGCCAAUACUGAAGCAACAGUUCAGUAUCUCUGAGCUGAUAGUGUGCCGAGGCGACAGCCAGAACCACAUGGUGGGUUCAGAGGAGACGGGACUGCAGGAUCAUACUGAAGAAAAUUGUCUCUACUGUGUAGGAGCCAUUGUCCUGGGAUACCCCACACAGCCUCAGAUCAACAGCACACACCCUCGGACAGACUAUGUCGACUUCCCGUCAUGGGGAGGCCAAAGCAGCCAUCGUCUGGAGGUGAUGCCGCAGUCCAAGUUCUCUGGGGUGUCAGGCUGCAGCGACGCUGCUGUGUCACAAGGCUCAAUCUGUAGCACACCCACACCUGGUGACGUUGUCAUCGGUGGUAAGGCGAUAUCAGAAGACGGCCCCGCCUCUCGAGUCUUGCUGAGGAAGGAGGUGCUCCGCCUCAUAAUCAACCUCAGCUCCUCUGUAGGAACCAAAGGCCAUGAAACAGGCCUACUGACGAUAAAGGAGAAGUUUCCAUAUGCGUUUGAUGACAUCUGCCUGUACUCCGAGGUUUCUCACCUCUUAGCUCACUGUAUGUUUCGCCUGACCUCAAGACGUUUCAUACAGGAACUCUUCCAAGACGUGCAAUUCAUGCCAAUGUAUGAAGAAGCAGAGGCAAUCCUGACAAAGCUACCAAAACCUGUUGAAGAGGAUGUUGUCCCUCCUACAGAAUCCUGAUCAUCAUCCCCGCCACCCUUUUGUGUUCCCUGCACAUCCCCCGUCCUCCCUACCCUAUAAACAUGGAAAGGAUGCCAAGACUGAGAGAAGACAAGUUAUUGAAGGAAGUGGUCAUCAUCACUCUUCUUCUAUCAAGUUAUUCUUCAAACUGAAAACAAUGGAUGUCAGUGUGUGUAAACAAAAUUCAACUCGACACGCCUACUGCUGUCUCCGACUUUUUUUUUUUUUUUUUUUAAACAGGAAAAAGAGGGAGCAGUUUAA